AGCAAAAAGUAAAACAUAAGGUCGAGAAGCAAGUACUCCAAAGUCAAUCCGAAAAGCUCAACUCGCAAACACAAACGGUUUCCCCUUUCUUUGCUAAUUCUCAAUGAGCCAGUCCAACGAAGAGUGGGGUGACAUGGUCAUUCCUGGGGUGUACAUGAUCCAGCGAGCGCCGAGUGCCAGUGCUAUCAGCACAGUUGCUCAAGCUGAUGGUACUGUGAAUUUAGAGCUUUUGCAUCUGGAGAUUGACGAGAUGGAGAGGCACAUCGAGCUGCUAAGAAAAAGCAACAUAGAGAUUGCUGCUUAUUUACGAAACAAACGGGAGAAUGGAGAGGACCAUGAAGAAGGUGGUGGGAUGUCUUCCAUGGUCGCGCUUGCAAGCGGGGUGACGGAGGAGGAAGACGACGACGCCGUACUUCGAGAGGCGUUGGAGGAAAACGUACUCGUUAUCGCGAAAAAGGAGAUGGACUUGGCGCAGCUCAGGGAACUUAUAAAAGGUCAGCGUUGUGGUUGCUGUAGCGCGCAUUCUCACCAAGAUGCAUCACAACCGGGCCCUGCUCCACAGCAGCAAACACGAAUUACGCUAUGAUGCAUAUCGUCAUCGCAUGAACGUGCACGGCUGUUCUAUUUAUCAUGUUUCAUUUGCUUUCAGGUAUGGAAUUAUUAUUGAGCCGAAAACAGUAAAGUCUCGGUCUCAUCGGUUGGUUCUGCGCUCAUAAUCGCUUUCUUUUUCAGUGUUUAUUCUGGCACAUCAAUCUGAGAUGAUCAGGUGCAAGAAAUGAAUAAUGCAGAUAAUGUCUUUUCUGCUCAGUGUUCGUAAUUAUACCAAUGCCUUUCUUUAUAUUUGAAUUCUACUUUUCACCCCUUUCUUCUCUUCUUUUUUCUGCAUCCUGUGCUAUAUAUAUAUUUUUUUUUUCCUCGUCCUUGAAAGAUUUUAAAGCAACAACUUCCUAUUACGACUAUAUUCCGCCACGAUGCCGCCGAAGAAGCAAGAUAAGGAGGAAUCCAAGACUGUACUGCUGGGUCGCCCUGGCAGCAACCUCAAGGUUGGUAUUGUCGGCCUUCCCAACGUGGGCAAGUCAACUUUCUUUAACGUGCUGUCCAAGAAGGGUGUCCCAGCGGAAAAUCGUCCCUUCUGCACGAUCGACCCCAACACCGCCGAUAUCAACAUCCCGGAUGAGCGUUUCGACAAGCUGGUGCGCAUCCACAAGCCUGUCUCUGUCGUUCCAGCUCAGGUUCACAUUUGUGAUAUUGCUGGUCUUGUGCGCGGUGCAAGCAACGGUGAGGGGCUGGGAAACAACUUUCUGUCUAACAUCAGCGCGUGCGAUGGCAUUAUUCACAUGGUUCGCGUCUUUGAGGAGUUGGAGAUUACUCACGUCGAGGGUGACCUGGACCCGAUUCGCGAUCUCGAAAUUAUCUUUUCGGAACUUGUUCUGAAGGAUCUGCAGAUCGUGGACGGUCUGAUAGCCAAGUACACGCCCAUCGUCAGCCGUGGACUCGAUAAGACGAAGAAGGCUGAUUUGGAGGUCUUGGCCAAGGUGAAGGAAGUUCUGGAAGAGGGGAAGCAGAUCCGCUGCUGCCAAUGGAACGGCAAGGAGGUUGACAUCCUGAACACUCUCCAGCUUCUGACCGCGAAGCCAGCGAUGUUCUUGGUGAACAUGUCGGAGAACGACUUCCUGCGCCAGCGCAAUAAGUGGCUCAAGAAGUUGAAGGACUGGAUUGACGAGCACACCGGUGAGCCGAUGAUCCCCUUUUCGGCGGAGUUGGAGAGCAACUUUGUGAGCAUGUCACAGGAGGAGGUGGACAAGUUCUGCGAAGAGAAGAAGACGAAGUCGCAGAUCCACAAAAUCAUCAAUACAGCGUACAAUUGCAUCAACCUAAUUCAUUACUUCACCGCUGGUUCGGAUGAGGUGAAGUGCUGGACGAUUCAGCGCGGUACCAAAGCACCACAAGCUGCUGGCAAGAUUCAUUCGGACAUGGAGAAAGGCUUCAUCUGUGCGGAAGUGAUCGAAUGGGCUGACUUUGACCGUCUGGAGAGCGAAUCUGCUUGCCGCGAUGAGGGCAAGCAGCACCAGCAAGGCCGCAACUACGAGGUCCAGGAUGGCGACAUCAUCUUCUUCAAGUUCAACGCGGCCAAGGGCGGCAAGAAAUGA